AUGCUGAGGCCGGGCGGUGCGGAGGACGCCGCGCAGCUGCCCCCCCGGCGCGCCCGCGCCCGCGCCCGCGCCCCUGUGCCCUCGCCCGCGCCAGGCCCCGUGGCCCCCGACGGCGCCCGGGCUUCCUCCCGCCUCGGUCUUGCCUGCCUGCUGCUGCUGCUGCUGCUGACGCUGCCGGCCCGUGUAGACACGUCCUGGUGGUACAUCGGGGCACUGGGGGCCCGAGUGAUCUGUGACAACAUCCCUGGUCUGGUGAGUCGGCAGCGGCAGCUGUGCCAGCGUUACCCAGAUAUCAUGCGCUCAGUGGGCGAGGGUGCCCGAGAAUGGAUCCGAGAGUGUCAGCACCAGUUCCGCCACCACCGCUGGAACUGCACCACGCUGGACCGGGACCACACUGUCUUUGGCCGAGUCAUGCUCAGAAGUAGCCGGGAAGCAGCAUUUGUAUAUGCCAUCUCAUCAGCGGGGGUGGUCCAUGCUAUCACCCGUGCCUGUAGCCAGGGUGAACUGAGUGUGUGCAGCUGUGACCCCUACACCCGUGGCCGACACCAUGACCAACGUGGGGAUUUUGACUGGGGUGGCUGCAGUGACAACAUCCACUAUGGUGUUCGCUUUGCCAAGGCCUUUGUGGACGCCAAGGAAAAGAGGCUUAAGGAUGCCCGGGCCCUCAUGAACUUACAUAACAACCGCUGUGGUCGCACGGCUGUGCGGCGGUUUCUGAAGCUCGAGUGUAAGUGCCAUGGUGUAAGUGGCUCCUGUACUCUACGCACCUGCUGGCGUGCGCUCUCAGACUUCCGCCGCACAGGUGACUACCUGCGGCGGCGCUAUGAUGGUGCUGUGCAGGUGACGGCAACCCAGGAUGGUGCCAACUUCACAGCAGCCCGCCAAGGCUACCGUCGUGCCACCCGGACUGACCUUGUCUACUUUGACAACUCCCCAGAUUACUGUGUCUUGGACAAGGCUGCAGGUUCCCUAGGCACUGCGGGCCGAGUCUGCAGCAAGACAUCUAAAGGGACAGAUGGUUGUGAAAUCAUGUGCUGUGGCCGAGGAUAUGACACAACUCGAGUCACCCGUGUCACCCAGUGUGAAUGCAAAUUCCACUGGUGCUGUGCAGUGCGGUGCAAGGAGUGCAGAAACACUGUGGACGUCCAUACUUGCAAGGCCCCCAAGAAGGCAGAGUGGCUGGACCAGACCUGAACAUAUUAAUACCUCACUCAUCCCUCUACUUCAAACCUCCUGACUCAAAAGCACAAGAUCUUUGCAUGCACACCUUCCUCUACCCUCAACUCUGGGCUGCUACAGUUUCUAUUUAAGGACUUGGAGAAUAAUCCAGAAGGACUCUAGUGUCCUGACUGGUUCCUUAGCCCUAGGAAGGAGUUGAUAGGGGAUGUAAGAAAUUGAAUGGCUCCCUGACUGCCCCCUCCAGAGGUUAGAAGGGACAGUGGAAGAGGUAGGGGUCUUCGGAGUUAUAUAAGUUGCACUAAAGCACAUGGUCAAGGCUCAUUUUUCCUUUCUUUUGUACCAGCUUCCUGACACUUCUUGUGUGUGCAAGAGGAAGGGUACCUGGAGAGAGCUUCUUUGUGUUCCUACCUGACUGAGAGUAGACGGGACAGAGAUGAAACCACAUCUCUUCCCUGGGUCAAUUUGAGCAGACUGCCUGGUACCCCAAAAGGAACUCUUAGGCUAUGACCUUCUUCCAUUAUCAAGAGCCUGGGAUUGCCAGAUAAGAGUUAGCCAUAGUGUACAAGGUUCCAUUCACAUCCUCAUAGGUUUUAUAAACUGCUGUAUUUUGUAGGGGAAAAAGUUAUAUAACUAUACACACAUACAUUUCUCUUCCAAUCUCCCUCCUCUUUUCAACCUAUAUCAGACAGCACGUUGCUCACUCCCCUUUUGCUCACUUGCUGCCUGUUCAAACCCAGGGGCAUGGAGUGGUUCUUAGCCUAACAUAUCAUUAGAAUACCCUAGAACACUCCUGAGAAAGAAUAAUUUAGCAAACUUGCCUAGGCCUUGGGAUUUAUUUCUUUUUAAGUUUCUAUGCAUUAUUCUGGAGGUCAGCCAGGUUUGGGAAGCCCUCAGUAAAAAGGUAUGGGAUUCAUGGGGGGUGGGAGAGGGUAACCGGCCUGAUCUCAAGGGCCCCACAUGAGUCAUCCGUGUAUACUAAGCAGGUUGGGAACUCUGGCUCGGCCAGUUUUUAGGAGAGGAUCCUGGUCUUUGAAGCUAGGAAUGGAAGCCAGUGGCUACAGAGGAAAGAAUUGCUGGGGCUUGGGGCCAAAGUGGUAAACAGCUUUGAAAGCAGCCUUUCCCCAUUUAUUCAACAAAUUUUUAUUUACUGACUCUCCAAGUCCUGGUGAUUAUUAUUGUUCACUCCAUCUUUGGCUUAAUAGGGGAAUUCCUUCUAUGCUACUACCCACUGCCUAAUUAAGCUUGCAGUAGUGGAGUCUCCAGAGAUGGUAGGCUUAGUUAGUAAGCUAGGGGAGAGGAUAUAGAGUCCCAAAAACUAUGAUGUCCUAUCUUUCUGUGACUUGGACAAUGGCUGUCUCUGCCUGGUGAUAUUUUAAAAGACCAGAGUAGCAUAGAAAUUUGCAGUUAUGACAGACUUGGAUUGAAAUCACAGAUGUGAGAUUUACUGUUUUGGAUAUUUUGAGCAAGAUACCCAAAUUCUCUGAGCCUUUAUCGUCUCAUCUGUAAAACGAGGUUAUAAACUUAUUCCACAUAUUCAGUUUUAAUUAUGAACCCAAUUCCAGCCAACAGAUGCUCUUACCAAAGUCCCUAACUGGUCUAGCCCAUCGUGACUUCUCUUGGAACCUUCCAUUGAGAACUGUAAAGUAUUGACAGCAGGCUGCAGAUUAAGGGGCCCACACACGGAAUUCUGAAUAUAGGUGCACUCCUCCUUUCCAAGUUCCUCUCCAACAUCCCUUGGGGUCCUCACGUGUUUGUGGAGCAGCUUCACUCUGCACAGGCAGCAGAAGGAUGGGGGAGUCAAGCUCUGGGCCAUGGGGGCAGAUUUAUUUGGAUGAUAGGACUAAUAUUUGUGUAACCUGCUGAGACCUGUGUGGGAGAGUUUAGGGUGGUUUUUCUUUUGGUGAGGGGUUUGCUCCGGUUUCACAUCUAUUAACACAAAACAUGAGCUAGUCAGGGCCCUUGUGGUCUGCGGUGAGGGGAUUCCUGUGGAGAAAUGGGACUGAGUGAGUCAGGCCAGGGGAAUGUCUUCCUUGCAGAGUAGAGUCAACUGGAUAACUGAUGAGCCAAUGGUGGGAUUAGGGAGGGGGAAACAGGAGGGGAAGAGAAGAGCUUCUGACAUCUUGAGCUGGGAUGAGGAGGAAGAAAGCCUUGGGGUAGUGGGAAGGUGAGAGGGUCAUAGUCAGUCUGAAUCAAGAAUAGAGCUGAUGGAAUUUAUAUAAGGGUACUGUCUGUGGGUAGAGCCUCAGGUCUUGGUCAGCCCCUGCUCUCACAAGAAUGCUGGGCUUACCACAUCAUUGAGAGGGAGGCAUUUCUGGGACUUCAACCCAGGUUCAAUCUGCCUGUGUUCUGUCACCUAUUCCUUUUCAGUUCCUUCCCUGUGGAAGGAGCUGACAUCUCAUUAUUGCUCUGUGCUUCUCCUAGCCUCCAAUUCUAGUUUGUAGAGGUCCAAGUUUUACAAUUUCCUAUAAACGAUUGAGAAGAACAAGCUGUCCAGAGAGUAAGAUAUUUGAACAGAGGAGUGGACAGUGAGAGAAAAGAGGUCCAUGUGAGUCCCACUACAGAGGCUAUGUGGUCCCAAGAAGGAAUGAUGACCAAACAAGUAAUUUUUCCUCUUAUUUCUUAGCUUGCCUCUGCAUUCUUUUUUUUUUUUUUUUUUUUUUUAAAUUUAUGAUAGUCACACAGAGAGAGAGAGAGAGGCAGAGACACAGGCAGAGGGAGAAGCAGGCUCCAUGCACCGGGAGCCCGACGUGGGAUUCGAUCCCGGGUCUCCAGGAUCAUGCCCUGGGCCAAAGGCAGGCGCUAAACCGCUGCGCCACCCAGGGAUCCCUUGCUUCUGCAUUCUGAUUGGCUUUAGACAACUGGCAUCCAUUCUGCAAUAAACAAACUAAUUUAUUCGAAACAAGCAGCAAAAGGAGAGCUGCAUUUGGUGCAAUCAGGGCUCCAUUUGGUUCUGCUGUCACCCACUCACUGCCUCUAACCCCCUCUCCUACCCCUUCUCUGGUCAAUAGAGGUCUGUCCCUCUUGCAGCUGUCCCCUAGCCCCUCUCCUCUCGGACACUCCUUCGUGUCAGUCCUCAUUUCUUCACACUUUUAAUAUUUAGUAGAAUGCAUUGCAGAAAGUGCUAUUUGGAUACAAAGUUAACUUCAAAGACAUGAUCUCCAUCCUUUAAAAGUCUUAGACUCUUUUAGAGAAGGCACAUGGCUGAAGUACCUCGGCUGCACAGCCUGUGGCCAGUUUCCAUCACGUACAAGUAAGAAAGCCAGCCUUAACCUAGUCGUGCAGAUAAGAGCCAAUGUCUGUUAUUGCUAGCCUUGAAUAAUAGCACAAACCUAUAUGCUUUCUUAGAAUGAUGCUGGAAAAAUGAAAUCAGGGACUUGGGAUUAUUUUUUAAAAAUUAAAAACUGCCUGGCCCUGAACGUCUGUUUGUAGAAAAUCUUGUAGGUCUGACUCAUGACCACUCAUGGCCUCAUUUCUCUUCCUCCCUACUGCAGAGAGUAAUUUCUUCUCCUUUUUCUUACCUCCCGUAGUAAGAACACCAACCCCUAAGUCUUUUGCCAAAUUCUCAGAUCCACUCAGGACAUUGGUUUCUACAUGGCUUAACAGAAGAGAGAUAAUCAGGUUUUCUCCCUCUCAGUCUUUUCUGAGGUUUUUAAACACCCUCAGUGGUCAUAGGGCAGAAGCCCAAGGGAGGACACCAGGGAGAGUAUGUUUCUCAUCCCUGGGAGGCCGUCAGCCUUGCUCCUGCAGCCAAAUUACAGCACCAGAGAAUAAUGUGAUGCAUUCCUGGGCAGGUCCGUGGGACCCUGGGCUCCUGGGCCUUGUGGAGAGAGGUGCCAGACACAGAGCUCUCCGUAAGCAAUCCUGCAGAGCCGCCCCCUGGGUGCAGAAAUGAAAUACGGGAAAGCUUCACAUUACACGGAGACCUGUAGCUCACACCUGGUUAUUGAUGGCCUUGGCAGAGGCCUCUGCCCCCACUUUCCACUUAGGAAAUGCUUGCUACUAUGGGAGUUGGGCACCUUUGAAGCAAUGUUGGAAAACAAGAAAGAUGCUUCUUUUCCACUCUUUGUUCCUUCUGUGAGCCUGCACACAACGCUGAGGAUAUGCACACACAUGAGGUGCGCUUCUGUGGACAUACACUAUCUUCUCCCAGGCCGCAGCAGAGUUCUAGUCCUCCUCCCUCUCCCCAACAAUAAAAUGAGCAACUGGA